UUCCCCCCCACUUCACCCACGUUCCCCCGCCCACCAUGGGCCGCACCCUUGCCCGCGCCCUCUCCCGCGCCUCCACCCUCGCCACACAGUAUUCGGUCCUCUCCCGCAAGCACGCCCUCAUCUACCUCCGUCGCUACAAGGCCAGCCUCGGCAUCCUCCUCUGCCCGCUCGCCAUCGUUCUGCUCCUCCUCGCCUUCCAGGGCGUCUCCAACUACGUGCUCGGCCAGUCCGAGCCGUAUCCGGACGUCAUCCCGCUCACCGCCCUCCCGCACUGCACCUCCCACAACGGGGCACCGUGCAAGACCGUCGUCUACUGCCCCAACAACGUGCCAUGGGUCGAUCGCCUCAUGGCCUCGGUCGCAUCCCGGGCUGGUCUCGACUUCAACGCCACCUUUGAUGGCUCGGUCUGCCCUCGCCGCCCGCCGUCGCAGGAUCUGCCCUCCGCCAUCGCCGCCUUUGAGGCCGACAACGCCACCCUCACCGAGUACAUGCUCGCCCACCCCAAUCAGACUCAGAACGUCGUCCUCCUCUACUCGGCCUACGUCCUCGGCCCUGAGUUUGGGCCGGACCUCCCGCCAGAAGUCGGCUACAUCCUCUACUACAACGCUACAGAUCACAUCAACUACGCCGCCACCCUCAAGCUCGCCCUCGACGCUGCAGAGCUCGAGCUCCGGACCGGCCGCUCCGUCGACUUUGACGUCUCCUGGCAGUCGUUCCCGCGGCCCAAGCUCCGUCUCGCAGGCUAUGACGUCGUCGCCGCAAAUGGCGGCGUCUGGUUCUACGUUCCGCCCAUGGUCAUUUUCUUCCUCAUCCUCACCGCCGUCGUCGGCGAGAAGGAGGAUCGCCUCCGUGUCGGCAUGCGCAUGAUGGGCCUCUCAAACUCGGUCUACUGGGCCACAUGGCUCCAGACCGCCCUCGUCUUUGUGGCGCUCUCCACUGCCAUCCUCAUGGCCACCGGCGCCGCCUGCCAGUUUGACUUUUUCCUCCGCGCCUCGCCGCCGGCCGUCUUCCUCCUCUUCUUUCUCUUUGGCCUUGCCUCGGUCGCCCUCGCCUUCUUUGCCUCGACCCUCGUCCAGCGCGUCAAAACAGCCCAGACCGUCGGCUACGGCAUCAUCCUCGUCGGCUUUGUCUUCCAGUCCAUCCUCUGCUCCGGCUCGGGUGUCCUCAUCGACCUCCUCUACUCGGGCUCCGUCAAGCCCUGGGUCCUCGCCGUCCGCUACAUUCUCCAGAUGUACCCGCCGUUCAACCUCGCAAAGGCGUACUACGACAUCGCCUCCCGCUCCUCCACCUCGCUCAACUUUGCCGAAGGCCUCAUGACUCGCCAUGAGAAGCUCUUCACCUUUGACAUCAACAUCCCGGCCCCCAUCGACUCGUACCACUGGCUCCUUGUCAACGCCGCCGUCUUUGGCGUCCUCGCCCUCUACCUCGAUAACGUCAUCCCGGGCGAGCACGGCUCACCCAAGCCGCCCUACUACUUUCUUCUGCCCUCCUACUGGGGCUUGUCACUCUCGUGCUCGCGCGCCCGCUCGUCCGGCUCGCUCGCUACCGCCGUUGUCGACCCAGACCUUGCAAUCGUCGAAGACUCGGACGUCGCCGCUGAGCGCGCUGCCAUCGCCACUGCCGUCAACGCGCCGGCCUCUUUUGACGCCCUCACUGCCUACGACGGCCUCGCCGUUGUCGGCCUCUCCAAGACCUACGCUCCAGCGCUUGCUGCCCUCAACCCCUGGUCGUCAUCGCGUGUCCAUGCCCUCGUCUCAUUUUGCCUCCGCGUCCGCCGCGGUGAGCUCUUCUGCAUCCUCGGGCCCAACGGCUCCGGCAAGACCACCCUCAUCAACGUUCUUACCGGCCUCUUCACACCUUCGUCUGGAAACGCCUUUGUCUUUGGCGCUUCCGUCAUCGACGACGUUGACUCGGUCCGCCGCGCCAUCGGCGUCUGUCCGCAGCACGACAUUCUCUACGGCGAGCUCACUCCUACCGAGCACUUGUACCUUUUGGCAAGCUCAAAGGCCUCUCCGGCCAAAAAGCUGGCCAUGGUCGAGCUCUCCUCGGUCGCGCACCAUCGCGUCUCCACCUUUUCCGGCGGCAUGAAGCGCCGAACUUCAAUUGCCAUCGCCUGCAUGGGUGACCCAGACCUUGUCGUCCUCGACGAGCCGACCACUGGGCUCGACGUCGUGACUCGAACCUCGGUCUGGACCAUGAUCCAGGGCCUCAAGGCAGACCGCGCCGUCAUCCUCACCACGCACGACAUGGAAGAGGCCCAGGUCCUCGCCGAUCGUGUCGGCGUCAUGGUCUACGGCCGCCUUCGCGGCCUCGGCUCCACCCUCCACCUCAAGGCCAAGUAUGGCGGCGGCUAUCGCAUCGCCCUCUCCACCAGUCCUGCUGACGCGCCCGCCGUCACCGCCGCCAUUCAGGACAUGGCGCCAGGCGCCCGCCUCACCGCCGCAAACGCAGGCUCGCUCUCCUUCAAGCUCCCUCCCGACAUUGUCGACGAUGUCAUGGCGACCGUCCUCGCCCGCGUUGAGGCCUACGCUGCCGCCCAGGACUCGCCCGUUACAGAGUGGGGCGUCUCAUACGCGGACCUUGAAGACGUCUUUAUCGCCAUCGCUACCCUCCACGGCUUUGAGUACGAAAAACUCGGCCGCGAGGACGAUACCUCUAAUGAGCUCGAGCUCGAGCUCGCCCCGCCGCUGGAAGCUUCCUCGCAAGAGACUUCCUCCCCAGAGCCAGCAUCACGCCCAGACUCGCGCCCGUCGUCCCUCCCGUCGUCGCGCCCCUUCCGCGCCCUUAUCCGCAAGAACCUUUCGCUCCAGAAGCGCGAGACCUUUACCAACUGCUGCCAGAUCAUCACCCCCAUGUUUGUCAUGGGCAUCCUUGUCCUGCUGCAGUACAUUAUCCGCGCCGAGCUCGGCUCGGACCUCAACGCCGAAAAGGUUGUGCCCUCGCUCCCGUGGCCGAUCAAUGGCAAGUACGACCUCGCCAGCUUUCCGCUCUUCAACACCUCGUCUAUUCCGUCGUGGCUCGUCAACUCGACCCAUCGACCUGCCAACGUCUCGCAGUCGACCUGCCUCGAGUACUUUUACGUGACUGCGCCACCACAACUAGCUCCCACCAUCGGCUCGCUUCCAGCCUCGGGUGCCAAUGCCACAGGCUUCCUUGGCCUCAUUCCGCAGUCUAACUGUACGCUCGUCGACACCGUGCCCGCCCGCGUAGCAGUCCCGUACUUUGAAGCCAAGCCCUCGCUCCGCGCAAUGGACUACGCCGUCUACGCGGGCCUCACCCACUACAAUCAUCUCUCGCUCGACACCGUCAAGCUCCCACCGGUCUCAUACCAGGUACCUGACGGCUUUGUCGCCUUUUCCAAGCUCGACGGCGCCGAGCCGCACCCGUCGGCGCCGAUCUCACUCUCGUACAUCGGCUCGGUCAACAACAAUCCCAUCACCCGCUACCACCGCGCCAACAACUUUACCCGGCUCGACGUCGGCUUCAUCGACAAGGAGCUGCUGCACAAGUUCUCGGGCGCCGAGCUCAUUCCUCUGCAGGGCUGGCUCACCCUCAUCGACUACCUCUCAUCAGCACUCACCGCUGCUGUCGGUGCCUCCACUUCUCUGCCUGGUGAGCUGGCCCUCCUCGGCACCCCCUUCCUCCAGGCCAUGCCGUACUACGCCAAGGCCGACCUCCUCGUCGUACUUGAGAUCUUCGGCACCAUGCUCUACCCGGUCGCCAUCACCCUCCAGCUACCAGUCUACCUCUACUUGCUGGUCCUUGAAAAGUCGCUCAAGCUCCGCGAAAUGAUGAAGACUAUGGGCCUGCGGACGCUCCCCUACAUUGCUACCAACUACGGCUUCUUCUUUGGUCUCUACUGUCUUGUCAUCGCUUUCUUCUGGGCCACCGGCGGCCUCGUCCAGAUCCGCUUCUUUGUCCAGACCGGCCCAUCGACACUCGCUGCCUUUUUCAUCGGCUGGGGCAUGGCUCUUGUCGGCCUCGCCUUUUUCUUUGCCUCGUUUGUCUCUUCGCGUCAAGUCGCCAUUGUUGUCGGCUACAUUGUCGCCCUCAUUGGCUCACUCAUCGGCCUGGUCAUCACUGCUGGCAUCUAUGGCGUCUUUGCCUUUUCUGUCUCCACCUCGAUGCCGUGGUGGUACCUCAUCUGGCCGCAGUUUGCCCUCUGCCGCGGCGUCUACCUCAUGAACUUGCAGUGCGCCACCCGCUUCGCCUGCUAUGGCGGCCUCUCCUCACUCACGAUGCAAGACGAACUCUCCCACGUCAUCAUCGCCCUCUACGCUUCUGCAGUCUUCUUCUUUGCUGCUGGUAACUACCUCGACGCCGUUCUCCCACAAGAGUUUGGCAUUCGCAAGCCAUGGUGGUUCCCCUGCGCUCGCUGUGUCACUGCGUAUCGCGGCGCGAGCGAGCACUCGCAAGCCAUCGACCCACUUGCCACUGGGCUGUCCAUCAAUGACGGCCACAGCGACGAGCACGAGCCGCUGCUUGCUCAUGCGUCGUCACAGCAGUACUCCCUCUCCCUCGACGCCCAGGCCGAGCGCGACCGUAUCGUCGCCGGCCGCCAUGCACCUGACUCGCCCGUCGCGCUCAAGGGUCUCUCGCUGGUUGUCGAGGCCGGUGAAUGCCUUGCCCUUCUCGGCGAAAACGGCGCCGGAAAGACCACCACCAUCUCCAUCCUCACCGGCGUCUUCCCGCCAACCGGCGGCUCGGCCACUGUCGCUGGCUACGAUGUCCGGACCCACAUCGACCUCGUCCAUCUGGAGACCGGCCUCUGCCCGCAGUUCAACAUUCUCUGGGAGACGCUCACAGUCUCGGAGCACUUGCUCUUCUACGCCCGCCUCAAGGGCGUUCCGCCGCGCGACGAGGCCACCCACACUGCCCGCGCCCUGCUUGCCUUUGGCCUCGCACCCUACGCCUCGCGCAAGGCCCACCAGCUGAGUGGUGGCAUGCAGCGCAGACUCUCGGUCGCCAUCUCGCUCAUCGGCGACUCAACCGUUGUUCUCCUCGACGAGCCGUCGACCGGCCUCGACCCGGUCUCUCGCCGCGCACUCUGGGACAUCAUCGACCGCGCCAAGGCCGGCAAGGCCAUGGUCCUCACCACACACUCGCUGCAUGAGGCCUCACUCCUUGCCUCGCGCAUUGCCAUCAUGGCCUCAGGCUCGCUUCAUGCACUUGGCACUCAGCUCGAGCUCAACGCUCGCCUCGACGACGGCUACCGUCUCUACGUCGCCUUUGAUGACAACGUCGCCGACUCGGUGGCUGACGGCCUCCUCGUGCAGGCUGCGCCGGUGCUCGGUAUCACCGACUGGGGCAUCUCGCAGGUUGGCCUCCACGACGUCUUCCACGACGUUGUUGUUUCAGCCCGCCGUGCUGCACGCGAAGAAGACGAGCGUGUCAACCACAUCGUGUAA